AUAAGCGGUCGAGACUUUAGCCUACAUUCUAUCUCACUCCCUUGCUUUCAUGGCCAUGGCUACCAAGCUGUUUGGCCACUCAUGCAUAGCCUCACAUGUGCCAACACCUGCCUCAUGUUCUCUAGAAUCUCCACCCUCCCUUCCAUUGAGGAUCAAUGCAAUCAACAGGACUCUAAAUUCUGAUAAAUUUUACAGAUGCCCAAUUCCGGCCAUUUUUGGCAGGAUUCCUGCCACAAUUGCGAAGGCUUCUCCGGAAUCUGGCAGUGUUGGCGGAUCCGAAAGCACUGAGGAUGCAAUUUCUUUGGGAACCAUGAAAUUGCCACCAAAUAUCGACAUUGCAAGAUUCGAAACCUUGCUUUUCCAGUGGGCAAACAGCCUAUGCCAAGGAGCCAAUCUGCCCCUUCCAGUGCCUUUAAAGCGACGGAUCCAGGUCCGACUAUGGCGGACACUGUUUGAGUGACUUCGGUUACAAAUGAUGUUGCCUUUCAGGGAUUUUAACAUGGUUGGAAGUCCACCUCUAAUAUGUAAGUUGUCUUUAUAACAAGGUUCAAAACAAAUGUUUCCUUUCAGAGAUUUUAACAUGGUUGGAAUUGCACCUCUAAUAUGGAAUUUGUCUUUAAAACAAGGUUCAGAAACUUUGUUUUGACCUUGGUGAAGGGCUAGAACCCAGCUACUAGACUGUGAACUAGUUUUCAUUUUGUCAGAAGUUCAUUGAGCAUCAUUCCCAUAGGGUGCAAGCAUUCAGAAGAGUUUUUGAAGUACAAAGGCCACUAGUGACUAUUGGCCACAGUUAAUUGAGAACACCCGAAUCCAUCCACUUAUUCGAAUUG